AUGCAAACUGCUGAAAUGGAACGUAAACGAGCAUUUGAAAGGGAUGAAAAAUUACAAAAUGAUAUAAAGCUUCUAAAAGAAAAAUUAGAUGAAUCAAAUUCCGAGUUGGAAAAUUUAAAAAAUAAAAUCACAAUAUUGAAUUCUCAAGUAGAUGCAGAUGCAGUUAUUAAAAAAGAACUUGAAGAAAGAAUUCAAAAGCUAACAGAAGAAAAAGAAAAAUUAAAUGAAAAGGAAGCUAGAGAUCAAGAAGCUCUUAGGGCUCAAUACCAACGUUUAAUGAAAGAAAGAUUGAAUGAAGAAAGAAAACAAUUUGAAAUAAAGCUUAAUAAAGCAACAUCAAUGGAAAUAUCACAGCUUUCAAAUCAAGACAAUAGUGAAGAAAGUUCCAAUAUUGAAAGACUUCAAGCCAAUGUACGUCGACUUGAAAAUCAACUAAGUUUUUAUCAAACUCAACUUCAAAGUUCAAAUCAAUCUCGAGAUGAAUUAUCAGAGGAAGUAUUGACUAUGACUCAAGAAGUUGAGCAAUUACAUAAAGAAGUAAAGAACAAGACUGAAUUAGAGAAUCAAUAUCAACAAUUAAAUACAAGAUACCAAACACUAUUAGAAUUAUUAGGUGAACGCACUGAGCAAGUUGAAGAAUUAAAAGCAGAUCUACAAGAUGUCAAAGACAUGUAUAAAAGCCAAAUAGUAGAACUUGUACAAAAGAUAGAUCAAUUGAAUGGAAGAAAAUAA